UCCUACAAUAUCAAGCAGAACUCUUUACUCAAAUUUUUAUCGAAUGAAAAAAUAACCCUUAUUUAGUCCAUCCACUUUUAAAACAUACAAACUUUUGAAAGCCAUUACAAUUAGCACUAAAUAUUUUUUGGGCCAGCCACCUCAACACCCAAAUGACGUACACUAGAUAAGCCGAUUCUUCUUAGCUAACCCUGUGACUUCCUGCAUCAUGUUCCUGCUUAUGUCUUGUUCCCAGACACACUUGUUCAGCCAAAAUUUCAAAAUUGCCCGCGCAGCCCACACCUAUCGGUCAAAUUGCGCGUUAACCGUUCCCUCAUCACGUAAAUCAGUCGAAAAUUGCCCGCUCAUUCGAACAUCGAUUUCUGGCUGGUAAUAGAUGUCGUACUAGUCGUGAUACAUGCAUCCAGCCGUCUUCGAUAUGUUCCGCGGGCUUCCUGCUGGUCCCGCUGCUUCCGUUCGUUCUAUCUAGAUACUGUGUCUCUAUAUAUUUGGGUGUGUAUGUAUGCGUAUUUCGUCAGGUCGGCUGGAUGCUCUCCGUGUUGUCGCUUGUUUUGUAAGUUGGGUGCGUGCUAUUGCUACUGCUGCUGUUGGUGGUCCGAAAAGGUUUAUCAUAUAUUUGAUGUCUUGUUCAUUUUUAUCGUUUUACCGGCUGCCCGUGGUUGCCCGACUGCUGGCUCAGAGUGUUGGUGCCCAAUACAGGAACUUCGUUUGCUGACGCUGGUGUUCGGCAUUAUUGCCAGCCAUCGCAGCCUGGAGGAAUUCAAUGCCAGCAGGAAAGUCAAUGUGCAAUGUUGGCUACUGUGGCCACUUGUCACCGUUCAAAGUUUGAAAUUUGUGAGUGAACCUGUGGCAGGCAAACGCUCGAAGGGUUGGUGUGCCAAGUGUGUGGAGAAGGGCGGAGGAGCCCUUGCAGGCUCUUCGAAACCUAACAACCAUGGGUCUCGUUUGGAGCAAGCUGUGGAGUCUCUUCUCCAAGGAAGGAAGAAAACACAAGGUUGUAAUCGUCGGUUUGAAUAAUGCGGGAAAAACUACAAUACUCUAUCAAUUUUUGAUGGGUGAGGUCGUGCACACGUCACCCACGAUUGGUUCCAACGUCGAAGAGGUGGUAUGGAAAAAUAUCCAUUUUAUCAUGUGGGACCUCGGCGGACAGGAAAGCCUUCGAGCAACAUGGAAUACGUACUACACGAACGCGGAGUUCUUGAUAGUCGUCGUGGACAGCACAGAUCGAGAACGAGUCCCGGUGACUCGGGAAGAACUAUGGCGAAUGCUUGCUCAUGAAGAUCUAGCCAAAGCUGCCGUAUUGGUUUACGCGAAUAAGCAGGACGUCAAGGGAUGCUUAAGUCCAGCAGAAAUCUCGCAGCAGCUCAAUUUGACAGCAGUCAAGAAACACCGUUGGCAAAUCCAGCCUUGCUGCGCGCUCACAGGCGAAGGGCUGACACAAGGACUCGAGUGGAUAACUGCGCAGCUAAAGUCCAAAUAGAAUGCUCAUCAUCAUGUAAUUUGAAAGCUUAAAAUUAUCGAACGAUAGCCUUGAUCAGGAAAAUAUGAAGUUAGCCGGAGAAACUCUCUUGAGUCUUAAUCUUCCUGCAGCUCAUGGUACUCCAGCCGUCAAACAGGGUCAGCUGACCUCUUCGAGUAACCUUAAAAUAGCGCAUUUUUAAGAAAAGUGCGGGUCGGCUUGAGCAUCGCUGGCCAAAAAUGUACUAGAACAUUAGCGUAGAGCAAUUUCACAGUUCUGCCAGCCCGGAUUAGUGUACGAAACGAAACAAAAGCAAAUUCACAGUCGCUGCAAGUUGGGAAUUAUGUGCGGGUAAGGCAAUAGGGUGACAAACAUAAGGUACAGCACAAGUUAAUGUUACGAAACAGAUAGGCGUCCACUGGGGUAAAAAAAGUGACGACAAAUGAAGCCAACGACAAAAUGCGCGGGAUUAGUUAUUAGGGUUGCGAGAAGCGUUGAUUUGACACGACAACCCCAUUCUUGUGAUCUUGUAGGAAUAACACAACCAUUUGUUAGCUGCAUAGAAUAUAUGUAAUUAUUUAUACUAUAGUAUUAUUAUCACUUCCAGCGUAAAUGUAGAAGAAUAUGCGUCGCGGACAUGGGAGACACGAAGAGGGAGAAAGUAAAUUAAACUCUGUAGGAGAGUUUUCCUAGAAAUUAAGAGUGAUGAUAGCAGCUGCUGCGAUCUUUAGACGUACGUUUUUUUUUAUUACCUGUUAAUAAUAAUUUUCUAUCACAUUUUACUACGGAUAGCAAUAUAAAUAUUCUAAGUAAAUGCAAUAAGUUACAACACAUAAAAAUUUGUAUGACACAGUUACAAUUAGUCACUACUCGAAAAAUUAUCCUGGCAUAAUUAAUCAGAAUGGCAGAAUUCAAUCGUUGUCACCAUUAAUAGAUUCGGUUUAUUCACAAUCGCUAAUUCUUCUCUAAUAAUGACAAAAAAAAUAUCUAUUACUGUUUCCGCCUCUUGUAUAUUCAAAUUAACUCUUUUGCCUUCGAUCUGUCCUGUAAAAAAUAUGGACAGACAGACUAACUGCGGAAAAACAAUCGUAAAUCAACCCCUGAACACAUAUUGUACCUACAAGAUUGUACUUCGACUUAGACAAAAAACGAAAUAGACGUGUAUCGAUAUAGAAGCGAAAAUGAUUGACCAUGUUAAUGUAAUUAUAAUGCUGAUGACGUGAUGUUGAAUAGGAGUUACGAAUUUGGAGUGAAGCUGAUAUUGCGAUAUGAAACGAACCGUAUGAUGUAUGAGGAAAUUGAUGAGAUAUAGGGGAUUAUAUGAACGCGUAUGUAUCGUAUAUUGUAUGUCUGUGCCCAUGUGUCAUCACAGGUGAAUCUAUGCCAGUGUGCGUUUAGUGGGAAAACAUGCCGCUUUAACAAAAGAUAUUGUACAUACAUAUACAGAAAAGGGUAUGAAUUAUAUAUUCUUUGUACCGUUAAGAAAUGCUGCUAUAGUUAGUAAUUGCCCUGAACAGAAUGAUGAUAAGCGUAUUUUUAUUAUAAGAGAUAAUGGCAUAAUUGUUACAAAGAGAUUACGAAGAAUGAAUUGUGUACAGUCGAGUUGAGCGGGUGAGUAAACGAGUGACUGUUUGGAUUACUCAAUAACAGAUAAGUGUUCAUUUACAAAUUUUCUAUGUUGGACGUGUGUGUGUAUGACGAAUUUACAAUGCAUCGUGCCUAAAUUAAAUUCAAAAAUGCACUCGGUGGUAACCAACAACGACCAAAAAAACCUGUCAUAGGAUUCUGGUUCAGAAUUGAUGUUGAUUUUGACUGAUUUGCGUCGUUGCUUCAUUGGUUACUUGUAAUGUUUAAGUGAGCAUUGUUUAAAACGACACACCAGUAUAUAUUGUAUGGAUGCAUUUUCUUUUUUUUUUUCAUUUACCCCUUUCUAAACCUUGUAGAUGUUGUCUUACAAUGUCUUGUUUACGUGCUUAACGCGAAGACUGGAGAACGCCAAGGGGACACAUUUUCAACAAUGAAUGAUUGGUCCUUUUGAUUAUCGGAAGACUCAAAGCUCAAAAACAGUGGUGCGUCUUCAUACCUUAAGUAGGUGUAGGAUUAAUCCUGACUUGUGAUUGACACCGCCGGUCAGUUGACCACUUACCUGCUAAUGUUGUUCAGCUUUAUUCCAGCAUUUGAUUUCAAAGUAAUAUAAUUAAGGUGAAAGAUUAUACAUUUUUUACAUCGGAUGGUGUUCAUAUUGAAUGAAGGAAGAGUCGAAUGUUUAAGAGGCAAGAGUUGGGGUCUAUUAGCGAUAAAUUCAAUAUAAAAUUAUUAUUAAACGUUAUAGUUUCCUCGCACUGCAUAACAGACAGACAAUAGAACUGCCCCCAAAUAGAUAGGGUACACAAAAUUAGCCGGCAAACUAGGCAGGCUGUUGGGAUUAUAGAUGUGACCGAAACGGCGGAAAGACCACGGAAUAUAUUACACAAUCAUUUAAGAAGAUCCAGGGUCGCCAUGUGGAUCAUCGUUAGGUGACUGUUAACGUAUUGUUUAUGGCUGAUAGUAACUAUUCGCUGUUCAGCAAUGGAAUCCGUUUCCGAUUUACGGACACUUACUCGUUGUCCGGCGCGCAAGACCAAACAACCUUUGUUUAGAAAUGAUUUCCAAUAUAAUUUUGGUGACAAAAUUAGACAUUUAGACAUUCAAACGAUUUCCCAGUUUCUUCUACAUACAUACUAGAUGUUAUGCGGGGAUGCUGUAGUAUUUUGCUUUCUUCUGCGUCUCGAUAUAAACCUCAUACCAUUGAUUUUAUAUACGGAAGAACUCAAAAACGCUUUUGGCCUCCAAUGAAGGAAACUCUUCGCGGCACGUCGUUUCAAACAGUUAUCUCCUGUACGAGAAAAAACCCUGAAAAUGUUUACUAAAAAAAGCUAAAUUGAUAACGUAAAAAAUAAAAACGUGAUCGUAAAGAUAAAUUCGUUCACAUAUUUGGAAUGUUAUGAACUGACAGCUAAGAGGGAGAAAGGCAUGGAUAAUGUUCAAUGAAAACUGAACUUAUGUCAAUGCCUUGUACUCACAUUGUUGUUACGAUAGCAAUUACAUGUUAGUUUGUAAAUAAAUACAGGAAAAUAAAUGGUAAAAUAAUUUGAUGAAAGUUACUCUUGCUAUUCCUGUCCAUCAACGGUUUUGAUUAUCGUAAUUUUUUUGUUCGAUAUCUCGGCUGUUGUGGUGUCGUCAAGGUUUAGGCUGUGACCAACGGACUUCACUUGGUUGGGACUUCACUUGGACUCACACCUUGGUUCCGGAAAAAAAUAGGGCUUAUACAAUAGUGCAAUUUAAUACCAAAAUGUAGAACGUUUAUCUCUAUUCCAUGUAAAAAGUUGAUUUGUUUAAAACUUAAUCGAACUCAUUUAGAAGGUCUUCCGAAACGCAGGUCACCCAAUUCAGUCAUUGUUUUAUUUGCCAUUAACAACUAUAUCAACGCUGGCUCAAAUUCGUUUAGUAUAUUUUAUCAUAUCCAGUACUUUUUUAUGCUCGAAGCCAGCGAAAUAUCCGUUGCUAUUGAAAUUGCAUGCUAUAACUGGCAUAUGCUUCACACCUAGGGCUAAAGUAAAGGUAAAGGUUAUCACAAUAGGAUUCAACAUGAUUGGUGUGGUUUUCGGGAGCUUCCUCACAAACAUGAAGGGAAACUCCACCCAGUCCAAAUACAAAGUACAGUUAACAGUAAUUUUUCGAAAUCGUAACAUCGGGCAUGAUGUCACGUCACUAUACUGUACAAUAUCUAUAGUAUUCUAAAUGCCCUUUAACUUUCCGGUUAGAUGAACCAAAAAUAGGAUUGUGUAUUAUAUCGAUGCGUGAAACAAGCUUCUAUGCAA